AUGUACCGCACGGCAGCUCUAGGAGCCAAAGCCCUUAAGGGCUGUCUUAGCCGUAGUUUCAGGACAUCACGCUAUGCAAGUUCAACCGCUGCUGCAAUGGCUUCACCUGUUUUCUCCGGAAGCUCGAUUCCGUCGUUGAACAUUCCAUUGGACGGUGUCUCUCUUCCACCAUCACUCGCUGAUAAUAUCAAGCCUAGCAAACUUCAGACCACUACUCUUCCUAAUGGUCUCAAAAUAGCCUCUGAGAUGUCUCCGAAUCCAGCAGCUUCCGUUGGUUUGUAUGUUGAUUGUGGCUCUAUUUACGAGUCUCCUUAUUCCCGUGGAGCUACCCACUUGCUUGAGAGGAUGGCUUUCAAGAGCACGUUGAACAGAAGCCAUCUUCGUCUUGUAAGAGAGAUAGAAGCUAUGGGAGCUAAUACUUCAGCCUCUGCAUCUAGAGAGCAGAUGGGUUACACCAUCGAUGCUCUCAAAACGUAUGUUCCUGAAAUGGUUGAAGUGCUUGUCGACAGUGUGAGGAACCCUGCUUUCCUUGAUUGGGAAGUCAACGAAGAGCUCCGGAAAGUGAAAGUGGAGAUAGGAGAACUUGCGAAGAACCCUAUGGGUUAUCUCAUGGAGGCGGUUCAUUCCGCUGGUUACUCUGGCGCAAUGGCUAAUCCUUUGUAUGCACCUGAAUCUGCUAUUAGUGGAUUAACUGGAGACGUCUUGGAGAAGUUUGUUUCAGAGAACUACACUGCUCCAAGAAUGGUGUUAGCAGCUAGUGGAGUAGAACAUGAGGAGCUUUUAAAAGUGGUUGAGCCAUUACUUUCUGAUCUUCCUAAUGUAACUAGACCAGUGGAGCCAAAGUCUGAAUAUGUUGGUGGAGAUUUCCGUCAACAUACUGGUGACGAGGCUACACAUUUUGCACUUUCUUUUGGAGUGCCAGGAUGGGAUAAGGAGAAGGAAGCU